UUACGGAGCGGAUUCGUCAAAGCCCGGCGAGUUGGGCGAAACAUUCACAAACUCGGCCAGCUUCGAUCUUCAUUCGUAGAGGUUGCCGGAGAUCCUCUCGGACUGUUCGCUCGUGACCGAAGAUCCGUUCAGAGGUUCCGUCAUGAUCAGUAUACUUUCUCAGGAGCGUCUGCUCGGAGCGGCAUUGGGGAGCGCAGUCACGGCGGUGGUGGUAUUUGAGCAACGCCGGAGUAUUUACAAGACCAUCUCCGACACUCAAUCUCAACUUUUUCCUCAUUCUCAGAGACAAAAACCAAUAUCUGUGAAGGAGCCCCGUGUUGAGGUUGCACACCUGUGGAAUAAAGCAGUUGAUCAGGUUAUGGGAUCUGUCAUCAAGUCUGUUAGCUCACGUGGAUGGUAGAAGUCAUUGUGCAGUGCUUGAGCUGUUCUACAAACUUAUUACUCUCACCAAUGGCUUCCUUGAGAUUUAGCCUUUUGUUCUAUUGUGACUGCUAGGAAACGAGCCUUUGUUUUGCUGCAACAGUGCAGCCCAUCGUUAGGUUACUUGUUUUGUUAUCAUUAAUUUGGAUUCAUGCUCUUAAGAAACUCAACUCUUUUAC